GCAGCAUCCUUUUCAAGUGCAUGACCAUGGACUCUGGGAAGCUCUCUGAGAAGCAGGAGGAAAUUCUCUCUAUCCUGGAAGAAAAAUUUCCUAGCUUGCCUCCGAGAGAAGACAUUAUCAGCAUCCUGCAGGAGACCCAGCUUGGGGCUCAGGGUUUAAAUAUUGAACAGGCAAUGCUGAAAGAUAUAAAAGAACUGUCAGAUGGAGAAAUAAAAGUGGCCAUUAGUACUGUCAACAUGACCCUUGAGAACUGUAUGUUCCACAGCAUUGCCAGUGAUCUGAAGGCAUUUGCAGACAAGUUUGGCUUUGAUGUCCUCCUCCUCUUGGCCGGCUUCCUGUCAGACGAGCAGCAACCGCGAAGACAGAUAGCUGUGUACUCUGAGAACAUAGAGCUGUGUGGCCAGAUUUGUUGUGAACUGGAGGAGUGCCAGAAUCCUUGUCUGGAGCUGGAACCCUUUGAAUGUGGUUGUGAUGAGAUCCUGGUAUAUCAGCAGGAGAAUCCCUCAGUGACUUGUGACCAGGUUGUUCUCCUAGUCAAGGAAGUCAUCAAUAGGAGGUGUCCAGAGAUGGUCUCCAACAGCCGGACGUCCUCAACAGAAGCCGUGGCAGGCAGCGCCCCACUCUCCCAGGGCUCCUCUGGCAUCAUGGAGCUGUAUGGUUCUGACAUAGAGCCUCAGCCUUGCUCUGUAAAUUUCAUAGAAAACCCACCAGAUCUCAAUGACUCUAACCAGGCUCAGGUGGAUGUCAACAUCGACCUUGUUAGUCCAGAUAGUGGGCUGGCCACCAUCAGGAGUAGCCGUUCAUCUAAAGAGAGCUCAGUAUUCCUCAGUGAUGACAGCCCAGUGGGAGAAGGUGCUGGCCCUCACCACAACCUCUUCCCCGGGUUUGACUCCUAUAGUCCAAUUCCCGAGGGGGUAGUUGCAGAGGAGCAUGCCAGGUCUGGAGAACACACACAACACUUUGAUCUCUUCAGCUUUGACCCGGCGCCCAUGGUUUCUGGGCAGUCCCAACCAUCUUCUCAUUCUGCAGACUACUCCCCAGCAGAUGACUUCUUCCCUAACAGUGACUCAUCAGAAGGACAGCUCCUUCAUGGGCCAAAAGGACUCAGUGGGGUAGGGAUCAACACAUCCAAUUAUUCAUCCAGCUCGCUUUUGUCAGGGGAUGGCAAAGAUAGCCCUGUGGAAUUUGACGAGGACUUUGUCCAGAGAGAUGAAAGUCCCGGGGGUAAUUCUGAAAGAAAUUUGAACCUGACGGGCUUUACGGGAGAUGAAUCUCCUUCUCCAGAACGGCUGGGAAAUAGUGGGAAGAAGAUUCCACCAACGCCCAUGAACAGCUUUGUAGAAAGUUCACCAACCAGCGAAGAUGCGGCUCUGCUAUAUGCAAAUGAUCUGGCCCCCAAAGCAGAUAACACAACAGCUCACACAGGGCCGCCGCAGACACGUGCACGAUGCAGUAGUUGGUGGGGUGGUUUGGAAAUUGAUUCUAGAAACAUUGCAGAGGCGUGGAGUUCCAGCCAACAGGAGUCUGUCUUCCAGAGUCCUGAAUCAUGGAGAGAUCAUAAACCAAACCCAUUGGAGAGGAGAGCCUCUGAGUCCAUGUUUGAACCAAAGAGUCUUGAAUUCCCAAAGUCAGUUCAACCGGACUCUGACUUGGGUCAACCUGGGUUGGGCAGCAAUGCUGUACAGGACCAAAAUGAAGCCAUUUACCAGUGUCAGAACCUGCCGGCUGAGAAACCGCAUUUGCAGAAUGCAUCCCAGGUAACAAACCACUUGAUAGAAGACUUUGCAGCUCUGUGGUGUUCCAAUGGCUCUCCCACAGCUAUGCCGGAGCCCUGGGGAAAGCCCCAAGACCGUGACCAACCAGCCACUGCAGCAUCCUUCCCAACCUGGAGUGCACUUAGUAAAGAUGAAGAUACUGAUGCUUUGAAAAAUACCUGGAAUCUGCACCCAACAAGUAACGAGGCACCUUCUGUGAGGGACCUGAAUGAGUGGGCCUUGACCAAAAGUGGGUUUUCUUUUCCUUCAGAAGACCUAGGGGAAAAUUCACCCAGUGAAGCAAGUAGUGGAGCAACUCCAGACAUCUGGGAUGAGAAGAACCAUGACUCCAGAAAUAACAUUGUAGGAUCUGGAACACCCAGGUCUAAUCGGGAUCAUGGCUGGGCUAGUUCUAAGUCAAGUCCAGAGCCAGAGCAGAAGAGCACAAUAGGUAAAAAAAUGAGGGGGGCUUCAUAUGAAAAGGUGGAUUCCUGGAACUUUUUUGAGGAGAAUACCAAGAAAGAAGGGUCGGAUGUCCUAGCUCCUUGGGAAGAUUCCUUCUUAGCAUACAAGUGUUCUGACUACAGUGCAUCCAACCUUGGGGAAGAUUCAGUGCCUUCACCCUUGGAUACCAACUACUCCACCUCUGACUCUUAUACGUCACCGACAUUUGCUGGCGAAGACAAAGAAUCAGAAAAUAAACCUUUUGGUAAAGUGGGAGGUGUGGCAGCAAGGGGCAUGGAGACUCCUGCAGAGACAGCUGAAGAGGCCCCUCAGUCUCCUCAGCAGCCUCCCAGACCUCGAAUUAGCUCAGAUCCUGGGACCUUAGAGAUGUGGGCUUCACCCUCCAUGGAGACCAGUCCUGAUGUGAAUGCUGGUUGUGCCCCGGGUGAUGGUUUACUUGACACAGAGACCACAGUGGACACAGUUGGCACCUCAGAAAAGAUGCCAGAGCAAAGCCAUCAGGCGAGUUACGAUGACCCAGGCCUCGUGCGGCUGGGCAGUGAGACCAACCGCCAGUUUGCACUUCUGCAGAGCAGCACCAACUCCCGACAUGCAGCCCCCGACUCCCUGGAGUCCUGGAACGGGAUGGUCCUGGAAGACACCCAGUCCACAGCCACCAUCUCUGAUAUGGACAAUGAUCUGGACUGGGAUGACAGUAGUGGCGGCAUGCUGGUGCCAGGAGAAGGUCAGGCCCAAGGCUACAUAGCUGAAAGUGUCGAGCCUGAAACUCGAUUUUCAGUGAAACAGCUAGAACCCUGGGGUGUGGAAUACCAGGAAUCAGACCAUGCAGAUUGGGAAGGCCCCGCCCCUUCGAAGCAUGGCAGGGAUUCUGCUCCUGAUGGCUGUCACCUGCCCCAUGAGAAGAGUGGGCAGCUCAUUGCAAACAGCAUCUGGGAUUCUGUCAUGAGAGAGAAUAUGUCAUCAUCAAUAUUCUCAGGGACGUUGUACGUUGCAGACUCAGAGCAAAGCAAUCCACCUCUUGGCAAUCUGCACUCAUCAGAAGUUGAGGGGGACAGUGUGUCAGAUAUGCCAGAAACUUCUGAGGUCAGUGGAUUAGGAGCAUUUACACCUGGUCCUGACACACAGGACACACUCAGUGUGGCCUUGCCACAGGAUUCUGCAUCUCUUAUGACCACAAUGGCCAACCCAGGGCACUUUGAAUCCUCAGAUCCAUGGAAUGAUCUGAGCAAUGUACAAAGUGAAGCUCAAAAGGAAAUGCAUGGGACUUCUGAGAGCGAGUGCUUUGGUGAGGAGGAGGUGAUGGCUAGAGACCUCAUGAUUUCUGGAAUUGGACCAGGUGGCCAAGAACACUUUUCUCUAGACUCAUCUGAACAUGGAGGAACCAACUAUGAGUCAGGAAGGAUUCGCUCCCUUUCAGUUCCAGUCAGUCCUCAGUCAGAAGAACCCCUGCAAGUUUUAGAGUCUGAGAAAGAAUCUUUCAGUUCAGACCUGUGCGAUAAGCAAACAGGCCAGUCUCCAAACCACCUGCAGAUACAAGAGACCCGCGAAGAGCACCUCGCCAGUCUCAGAAAUGCCAGUGAAAUUUCAGGGAGAUGGGAUUUAACAAUAAGCGUCGACUCACUGGAAAUGGCUCUUGAGAAAACUGAAACAUGCAAUAUGAUGGGACCGGAGACAGUGAGUCCUGUGUCACUGCAACAGUGUCCCCCAAGUCCCCCGGCUUGGGAUGUCUCUGCAGACAGGGAAGGGCAGCAGAUCAGUGGCACAAGUUCCGAGAUCAUCAAGAAUCUUGAAGUUCAGUGUACUGAGACCAACAUUCUAGGAGCCAGUCCAACUGUAAAUGAUGACAGAUACAGUAUUUCUAGUGAGUGUACACAUUCAAGUGUGUCAAGUCCGUGCCUAAAUGAUUCUUCAGCUACACAACCCUCCUGGGACCAUGAACUCAGUGCUGAGCAUCAGAAGGAAAAUCAAGGCCAUUGGAGUCAUAAUGAAAUAAAUGCUAUUGAUGGCCAAGUGGAAGUAAUUGCUGGAAUAAAGAACAUGGAGGAAGACAGACUGGACAGAUUUCAACAGAACAUCGAUCAGAAAACUUCUGAAUUUUUAGAGGUUUGGAAUGACCCAGUAGAUGGGAAUGCCAUCUCCUCCCUAUCCAGCCCUGAAACAGGCAAAUGUCUUGAACCUCCAGGCACAUUUCAGGAAAGAAAUCUAGUGAUUCACCAUCAGGAGCAAAAUGAACCAACUGAGAAUUCUGGAACUGUGCAGCCAGAGAAUGCCAAGUUCAUUUCCCCAAGCUCAGAGUCUGAUAGAGAUGAUGAAGAGUCAUUGGAGAAAGAGACCCCUAGCCAAUUUAGUUCACAUGAUUCUGAAUCCUGGAGAUCAUUGAAUGAAUCCAGAAAGUUCUUGAUCACUGCUGAUUCCAAGUCUGAGGGUAGUUCAGAGCCAGCUGGAAAUGAGAACAAAACAAAUGAACUCUGUGACAGUCAGCAAAGUAGCCUUGAACACUGGGAUUUUUCCCCACUCAAAGAGGCUGAAAUGCAUGUGCCUACAGUGGAUAAGGAUAAGGUUCCCUCUCCAGAGACGGGAAAUAUGGCAGAUACCGUAUGGCAAACAGCUCCCGAGAUGGAACCCAGGAGUGAAAACUGUUCUAAGAUGGAAAUGCUUGGCUUCUCGACGGAGAGCACUGAGUGGUGGAAUACUUCCCCACAGGAAGGCCUGCCAGUUGCAAGUGCAUUUGAGAGGGAUCUGUCUAACUCAAGUGAUGUUAUGGAGAGUAAUUCUUCAGUAUACCAAAAUGUGGGUCCCUGGGGAGUCCCCAUUCAGGGUGACACCGAGUCUAUGGCAGCACACUGUGUGAGUCCUUUCAGUGACAAGCAAGAGUCACCCUUUCUGGACAGUAAUGGGCAGAACUUCCAUGAGCAGUUUUGGAACAUUCAACCAAGGCAAUCAGAUCCAGAAGCUGAUCAGCUAAACGAGCUUGUGACAUUCGACCAAGUUAAAGAAGACAAUUCAAGAGAGCAAGGUUCUGUGUCCUUCUCUGAUGAUGAGCUCAAGUCUGAAACACCUACCCAGGAGCAGUGUCAGAGUCCAGGGCAGUCUGCCUGGGAUCAGCCUGACCCAACAUUGGCUCACGCAGAUGAAAGUGCAUCCAUUAUAUCCAAUGUUCCAACCACCAAACAUCAAGAAACUGUUUGGUGGGAACAAGAAAACUCUUACAUCAAUGGGAAGACUGAGUCAAAACUUGCCUCAGAAUACUUUCCUGUUGUCCAUUCUUCCACCCAGUUGAUGGAAAUGUCUAGCUCUGAACGGGAAGACUAUCCUCCCAGUGAGAAGCCACAAGGCACCUCUACUCCUGAUAUUCUACAUGGCAGUUUCCAAGAGAGUGGGCAACUGACCUCAGCAUCACCUGAUGUGUGGAUGGAUGCCAAGCAGCCCUUCAGUCUGAAGGCAGAGGGUGAGAAUCCCGAUAUCCUGACACACUGCUCUUCCCAGGCUUCCAGCAGCCCAGAUAUAUAUGAUGAGUCUGAUAGCAAACAGGCCCAGGAGGCAGUGGGGGCUGACGGGGAAUCCAGUGAGCUCUAUGUCACCAAGCCGAAGACGGAUCAAGAGCCUGAUCAGGAGCCUGAGGAGGAAUUCAUUCCGUCAGUCUCAGAACUGUGUCCUGAAAACACAGUCUCAUUGCCUCCAGUUACUGAGCCAGCGAGUGUCGACGAUGCAUCUCAGCCUACCUCUCUCGCAAGUUCUCCUGAAUCUUCUGAAACACGUGAUGAAAACAACACCGGGUUAACAACAUCUGGAGAAAAAGCCGACACAGAGAGAUCGCCAGCUUUGGAAGCUGUUGAUGCAAUAGUCCCAGCGAUGGAAAAGGCAGGGGCCAGCAUUUUUGUAAGUCACCCAGAACCAGUAAUAAAAAUCAGUAGCUCUUGGACAGCCGAGGGCCUUUCUGUGGAUGGCCAGGAAAAUGCAGGGGCCUUACUGGAGACUGAGCAGUCGCUGGCUAGUGAGGCUCUUGCUGUGGUUCGUGGAGCUUCGCCAGCCUCAGAUGCUUGUCUGGAUGUAAGUGACGCUGCUUUUGACCACAGCUUCAGCAAAGCCUCGGCUCUCAACACAUCCACAGGAACCAUAGACGACAUGAGUAAAUUGACCUUAUCAGAAGGCAACUCUGAAAUGUCAGCAGACGGGGAUGGCGGGAAGCAAGAUAUCUGCUCAUCGGAAGCGUCAUGGGGUGAUUUUGAAUAUGACGUCAUGGGCCAAACCUUGGAUGAAGAUUUAAUGAAAGAGCCUGAACACUUUCUUUAUGGUGGAGACGCUCCCCUAGAGGAAGACUCGCUGAAGCAGUCGCUGGCGCCUUAUACACCUUAUACACCUCCCUUUGAUCUGUCUUACCUCACAGAAUCUACAGCAGCUGCCGAGGCUUCAGAGAACGAGUCCCUAGGGAGUGAAGCCCCAGAGAUGUUGCUCUCUGCCCCUCCUGAUCCAAGCAGCAAGGGAGACCACUCUGACACCGUGGACAGCCAGCCUGGCCACCAGCUGGUGGUCCUGCACAUUCAUGAAGACCCCAAGUCACAUCCUUUACCUGAAGGAACUGACAACUCGGCCUUGUCCCCAUCAAGCAUCGACUGGGAGGUAGAAACGGAGAAUUCAGCAGUACCAGUAGGUGGAGACAUAGGACCAGCUGAUGGUGCCAGCAAGAGGAUUUCACAGUUGGGAGAUGAGAACAUCAUUCCUGCUAAAGAACUCAAAGAGAUCAAAUCCAAAUAUGAAGAAGAAACGUGUCUAGAGAAGAAUGAUCAUCAUGUGCUACACAUGGAUUAUAUACUGGUAAACCAUGAUGGGAAUUUAUCCCCAAAGACAGAUUCUAGUGAAGCAGGAGAAAGCAUGCCGGAUUUGAAGGAAUUUCAUAGAGAUACCCAAGAAAUGGGACUGCCAGGCGCUCUGUUAGCAAGCUCUCCUGACACAUGCCAAUCAGACUCCUUCAAUGAGACAAGCCCUUACUCUGUGGAGAGAAUAGCUUUAACAGAUGAUAAGAGAUCACCUCUGGAAAGCCCAGGGCAAGAUCCAAGUUGGAUGGUCUUGGGCCAUGAUAAGGCUGCUAAGCUAUCAUCAGAAACCAAUGACUCGUGGCCUCAAGAAGAUGGCAAGACUGUGCAGUCAGCUUUUACUGUUACCUUGGAUGAUGGUUCCCAAAGGCAGGUUCUGGGAGAAAUGAAGCCUACAGAUUCUUUAGCAGUAGAGGAAGCCUUUGGUCUGGGCAGCCAAUCAGAGCUGAGCAAGAGCCAAAAACAGGCUGGUCCAGAAGCCGUUCUUUUGCAGACGGUCACCCAUGACAAUGAAUGGGAAAUGCUCUCCCCACAGCCCUCUCCGAAGAAUACCAUCCCUGAAAUGGAAAUGGAGGAGGAGACGGAGUUUCUUGAGCCCAGAGCAAGCAAAUCAAAACCAAAUGAACCAUUGCCAGAGGAUGUAGGCAUGGACAACCCCUUUGAGGAGGGGAUGCUGAAUCCUAAUGCUGUGGACAUGCGGCCUGAACCUCCAAAUUCUCUGGAUCUAAAUGGUGUUAACCCUCGGAGAGUCAAGCUCACAGCCCCAAAUAUCAAUCUUUCUCUGGACCAAAGUGAAGGAUCUAUCCUCUCUGAUGAUAACCUGGACAGCCCUGAUGAAAUUGAUAUCAAUGUGGACGAACUUGACACUCCUGAUGAAGCAGAUUCUUUUGAGUACACUGGCCACGAGGAUCCCACAGCUAACAAAGAUCCUGGCCAAGAGACAGAGUCUAUUCCGGAGUACACUGCUGAAGAGGAGCGGGAAGAUAACCGGCUGUGGAGGACGGUGGUCAUCGGGGAACAAGAGCAGCGGAUUGACAUGAAGGUCAUCGAGCCCUACAGGAGAGUCAUUUCUCACGGAGGAUACUACGGGGAUGGUCUAAAUGCCAUCAUUGUGUUUGCUGCCUGUUUUCUGCCAGACAGCAAUCGGGCGGAUUACCACUAUGUCAUGGAAAAUCUUUUCCUAUAUGUAAUAAGUACUCUAGAGCUGAUGGUAGCUGAGGACUACAUGAUUGUGUAUUUGAAUGGUGCAACCCCACGACGGAAGAUGCCAGGACUGGGCUGGAUGAAGAAAUGCUACCAGAUGAUUGACAGACGGUUGCGGAAGAAUUUAAAAUCAUUCAUCAUUGUUCACCCAUCUUGGUUCAUCAGAACAAUUCUUGCAGUGACGCGGCCUUUUAUAAGUUCAAAAUUCAGCAGUAAGAUUAAAUAUGUCAGUAGCUUGUCGGAACUCAGUGGGCUGAUCCCAAUGGAUUGCAUCCAUAUUCCUGAGAGCAUCAUCAAACUGGAUGAAGAACUGAGGGAAGCAUCAGACGCAGCUAAUCAAACUAGCUGCCUUUACAAUGAUCCAGAAAUGUCUUCAAUGGAAAAGGAAGAUCAUUCCUGGCGGGGCCUAGGACCCUAUGCGGUGCCAGGGAUCGAAUUCAGUAUGGAUCUGAAGCUGAAAGAAAAGUCCUAGGGAGCUACUACUGGGAGAAGAUACAUCACAUCUGCUUCGUCACUCUGUUGAAUCAGGAAGAGGCAGGGCUGAUGGUACUUUUUUCAAACACUUUGCACUUACUUGGUGCCAUUCUAAAUUUCUAAGGGGAAACACAGUAAGGGAAUUUGUUUACUCUUAACAUGUUUUUGGAAAUUGUGUGUAUUUUCCUAUUUUGCCAAUUACGUGCCUCAAAGAUUUUAGUUGAACCUUAGCAAGAAAAUAGAACUUUCCAUUCUAAUGUUUUUGUUCAUCCUUGGUGCAGUGGUAUUUUGUUUCUUGGGCUGAGAUUGACUUUGAUUCACUAUGAGUUAUGAGUAGAUUGGUUUCCAUAGAGUAUAUGGAUUUCUCCUGGUUACUACUUUAGGUCUAAAUUCCACAGGGCCCGGUGCUUCCGGGUAAGUUGUUCCUGCCUAACUCCAACUUAAAAAUCCUAAAUUUGGGGCUGGGGGAACAGCUCAAUAGGCUGAAGCACAUGCCUUAUAGGCAGAAGCCCCAGUAUUGAUCCCUGGUCCUGCAGGAGUACCCUCCCCCCAAAUAAAUAAAAUAAAACCCUAAACUUGUUUCAUGCAGCCAUAAAGAAGACACGAUACAAAACCACUGUAAGCCAAGUGUCCAUUGCUUGUGUUUCACCAGUUUCACACAGUACAGAAAGCUUUAUUUCCUCGUUCUGCUUUGGCAGUGGACAGGCUCUCUUCAGGAGUCUUCUUCCUGUGCUCCUGCCAGUGCUGUCAGUCCACUUCAGUUCCUUGUGCUCCUGAGACAUUUACUGUCUCUCCAGGAAAAGCGUGUGGAUCCUGCUUCAAUACACAGACGCUUGCCCACCACGCCUCUUGCCUGUAUUUAUGUAACAGUGUCCCAAAGCUACCAAUGAAUUUAUUCUUUUCAAGGAAAAUGUUGACAUCCAUAGUCCUUAGCAUGUGUGACUCUGAUUUUGGCUCAUGCUGUAUUUCCUAAAGCCAAAGUAAGUCUCUUUGGCUAAACACAGAUGUGACUGGCCUGGAUCUGAAAUAUUCUUCAUCUCCAAUAUCGCAUACACUAGCAAGCUAGCAAAAAAAUAAAUAAACGGACCGGGAAAUGGGGUUCCACCGAAGCCCAAAGCCCAUCAUCCAGGAGACCUUUCUGGAACACUGUGAGGCCUGGAGAUGCUCUGAGGUAGAGAUGUGAAUUUCACUGGCCUCCUCUGCUUCGUAUCUAUCUCCCAACCCGCCUCCCAGGCAUGCUCACAUAGACACAGGUUAGCUUGCUUCUGUCCAUGAGUCAUAUAUCACCCCCACCCCCAGCUCCCACUGUACUUCAUAUCUUGUGGAGCUGUGUGUUCUUUUGGGUCUCCUCCCUCAGAGCAACUGGCUGGUCAGUAAAAAAACUCUAGCGUGCACUUCCUCAGAGCCAACCCCUACCUUAGGAAGUCGACAAGCCUCUGGAGAGCUGGGGUUUUCCUAAGGACAGAGGCCCAGUGUCCUGAUCAGCUCACCCAGUGUGCCCGCAGUUGCCCUGGCACCUCUUCUUACAAAGCUCCCUUUUGCUCAGUCCUGUUCCACUUGGGAAGCUGAGUGAAGGCGGCCCUUCUGCUUAAGGAGUAUAGAAACCAGUGUUCACGCAGACGCAGGGACCCUGAGGUCCUAAUUAAAACUGUCAAAGAGUGGAAUCUUGUCACAAUCUACCGAACAUGCAACAGGCUCACCAUUCACAUUUUUUUUUUGAAGCUUCAUCUUCCUACUUGGGAAAUGACAGCGUCUCUCCUGGUUAGUGAUCCUGUUGGGGCUGCUUUACUGGCUUUAUAACCAUUCUGGUAGUUAGGUGUCUGCUAUUUUAUUAUCUUAAAAGACAAAAUAAUUGCACAUGCUAAAGAACUGCUGCGUGUCAACUCAGUCCAGAUAACUAGACUCCUAGAAGAACCUGAAAAAAAGAAACCUGUAGUCAGAUAGAGGUAGACCAUUGUAAACAUUUGCAUCAUUAACUAGCUAACACUUGCAUUCUGAACAUUCUUGCUUGGGUUCUGACUUCUGGGAACUGUUUUUUGCACUUUUUUCUGUAAAAUUGUAGUGAAGGGGACAAAAGGGUCAUUGGGGCAAAAAUAUUGUUUUCCCAAAACAGCAUCUGUUCUUUGCUGAGUUCUGUGAUAAGGGAAAGAAAUACAAAUCUGCACAGAUGCGUGUGAAAGUGUGAUCGAGUGCCGGGUGGGGAAGACAGUUCUAAAGUUCCUCUUGAAGCCAUAAAAUGUUUUGGGGGAAGUUAUCUUCUAAGACAUAGUUCAAUCUAUGUGAGAUAUCUAAGUCUGUGUGUGAAGAGCUCAUUUAAGUAUUUAGUUGUAAUAACUAUUUGCGUCUCCAUGUGAUCACAAUACCUAAGUAGCCUGCCUCUUAGAAACUUUUAGGUGUGCACAAAAUAAUCUUUUAUAUACUUAAAGGUUUUUUUUACCCUGUAUUAGAUUGCUCAGAAUAAAGGAACGAUUAGAUUUUGUUUGGUAAAUAAACAAAAUUUCCCUAAAUAUUGUGAAUUAAUAAUAUAAAAAUAUGUAACAACACUAUAUAAAUAAAGCUUCUAUAAAUUCAGAAAUAAAAAGUAAUUCCACA